GACCGCGAGCAAUUUCGAAAUGGGCGGUGUUGGCGGCAGCAGAAGUAGUGGCGGCGGCUGCAGCAGCAGCAACACCGCCGCCGCUCGCAGACGGUUGUCCGCCUGAGCAGCGUCGCGCCUCGACUCCCCCUCGGUGGGUGAUGCCGGCAGCGGGAGUUUAAUGAAAAGCCCGGAGUGCGCCGCGGCGGAGCUGGAGCUGGAGACGGAGCCCGGCCACGGCCACGGCCACGACCACGGCCUGCGGGAGAUGACGGGCAACCUGCGGCUGAGGGGGCCGAGUCCGCCCUGUCCGUGCCCGGCCCCGGCCCCCUCCGCCUACAGGCCCAUCCCCCGGCUCAUCGUCACCCAGGACGAGUCGCUGGCCAGGCCCGGAGCGGCGGGGGCCGACGACGAGCAGCCCGACGAGGAGUCACCGUCGUCGGACAGCGGCUGCGGAGGCUCCCCCGCUCCCUCGCUGCUGCUCCGCAAACUGUCCGGGUCGUCGCUCUCCUCCGCCGGGCACUCGUCGUCCUUCGAAGAGUCCGAGGACGAUUUCAGCCCCUGCAGCGACGCCGAGAGCCAGCCGCCGCAGUACCUCAGCCUGGAGGACGGCCUGGGGAACAAGUCGUGGAAGAAGCUGAAAACCAUGGUGCACUGGUCCCCGUUCGUUGUCACCUUCAAGAAGCGUUAUCCGUGGGUGCAGUUGGCGGGACAUGCAGGCAACUUUAAAGCUGGGGAUUAUGGAAAGAUCCUGAAGAAGUAUUGCGAGUGUGAGCAUCAGUGUCUGGAGUCCCUGAUGAAGGACCCUCUGCUGCGUCCUUACGUACCGGGCUAUUACGGUGUGGUGGGCAAGGAUGGAGACAGCUACAACCAGAUGGACGACUUGCUGUCGGAGUUUGACUCCCCCUCGAUCAUGGACUGCAAGAUGGGAGUGAGGACCUACCUAGAGGAGGAGUUAACCAAAGCUCGAGAGAAACCCAAACUGCGUAAAGAUAUGUACGAGAAGAUGAUAGCGGUGGAUCCAAAUGCACCCACCCAAGAGGAACACGAACAAAAGGCCAUUUUGAAGCCACGUUACAUGCAAUGGCGGGAGACCCUUAGCUCGACUGCAACACUAGGAUUCAGGAUCGAAGGCAUCAGGAAGGCUGAUGGGUCCUGCAACACAAACUUUAAGAAAACCAAACUCAAGGAACAGGUUAUGGUGGCACUGGAAGAUUUUGUGGACUGCAAUAAAAACAUCUUGAGAAAGUAUUUGGCACGGUUGAAAGAAUUGGUGAUAGCAUUGGAGGGCUCGGAGUUUUUCAAGACCCAUGAGGUGGUGGGCAGUUCCCUUCUCUUUGUCCACGACGACUCGGAGAUGGCCAAAGUUUGGAUGAUCGACUUUGGAAAGACGGUGAUGUUGCCUGCCCCAGAGACACUGAACCACAGGGAGGCCUGGAAGGAGGGCAACCGGGAGGACGGCUACCUGUGGGGGCUUGAUAACCUCAUCGGUAUCAUCAGCAAGAUGGUGGAGGAGUGACUCGCUGCAGCAGUCCUCGGCUGUAUUGGUCACAGCUGGCCGUUUCCAUGUCGCACACCCUCCUCAUGGGGAAGUGCCUCUUGCCUGGCAGCGUUUUUCCCCCUCACCCCCUCUCCCUUUCCUCCUGCAGGAGCGAAGCUCUCUGCACGAGAGAACCACCACAGCUGGGGGGAGAGGGGAGGGGUGGUGUGCGUAGGAAUUGGGGGAAGGUGCGGAUGUGAACCUGGGUGAUGAAAGCUGCAGCCAUCUUUUGAAGGCGUCACUCCUGAGCACUGUGGCCCAGACUCCUGAACUCUGCAGUAAAGCCAGAGGAAGGCCUGGGAUUUGAACUCUAAGCUGCAGUGGCGGUGGCAAACGCUAACCGGACACUUUAGGGCUCUCGUCAACUGGCUGAGUCGGUGAACUUUCUUUUGGCAAACGAAACACUGGAGGGAGGCAGAGCUAUCUCUGAUUCAUUCCUCGGUUUGUAUCAUAUAUAUAUUUUUUUAUAGCCGCAAAACAGUACUGCAGAACAGUUUACUGAGGCCAAUCGCAUUUGUAUGCAUUUGAAACAUUGUCCCGAUCUUGCUUCAUUUGCCCUGUCUGCGAUAUGCUCUGACCCGAUAGAAUCUAAUCCCCUCUCACUUCCACUUUCCCCUUCCCCACCCCCGAUGGGGCUGAACUCGCCACUGCAUCGAACACUGACGACAAACUGGCGAGAGAUGCCUGCUGUGGGUGUUGAGACCCAAGGGCAGAGUAGUUGAGGGUCAAAUGCACUAGAAGCUACGUGGAAUCAUCCAAGGCUAGUACUCUUGGACUUCACAGUGUAACAUUUUAUAGUACUGUGUAAUAAAUCUGUAACAACGGGUUUAGCCUCUUCAAAAACAUUUAUUAAACAAAAGCUAAUCUUUAAACCUAAGUUGAAUAUUAACCAUUGAGUAGAGAGUGACUUCCAGUUUGUCACGGUGAGGGACUGCAUGUACUGUUCCAUCACAAUCUUAUUCUGCAGCUAGAGAUGGCUCAGUUACAGCAUCUCUCUGAAUUUAUCAGCAUCGGUGGGGGUUGGGAGGUUUUGGACAAGACGUGGUAUGCUGGCCCUCAUUUUGGGGCAGUGUAUGGGGCUUACUAAUGACUGGAAUUUCCCCCAAACAAGAGACUGCAGUCUCAGAGAUUUGCAGACGCAGCCUUGGAGAAGGUGCGUCCUCAAGCCUGGAUAACCUUCAACAUGGUGUUGAACCAGAGAAGUUUAACCUUUACCAUAAAGUUGCUCUCGAUUUCCCCCACCUCCAGGUUCCUCCUUCACAGGCUAGUUGCUUGUAGUUUGAGUGAGUUCUGUAGCUAGAGAUUGCAGUCUGGGUUAGAGGAGGUGUGGUGUGAGCAUUUCCCAUUUUUAGUUAAGUCUUCCCUCCACCACCUCCAGUUUAAAUUCCAUUUGGAAUAUUUUGGAGGACCAAGAAUCCCUUUAUGGUAAUUUUUAAACCUUAAAUUCUCUCGAUUAUUUGGCAUUCUCUGAGAAAUAAUACGUUAUUUUUUAAGUAAUUUUAAUUUGAAGUAAAUUUUAAGUGUAGAGUGAAGAUAUGUCCUCCCACCCUCUGUGCUGUUGGUUCUGAAACUGAACCUUGACCACAUUAAGAGCAGCGCUUCACUGAAACAUUGUAUCUGCGUGCAGACGAUAAAGUCGUUUGGCAAAUCAAUGGAUAUUUUUUUCCAGAUUGAGCAAUAUCUGAGAGUUUUCCCCAUUCGGAGUUCUGCUCUUUGACACAUGCGAUGUGGGCACAGAUUAGCUACUGUGUCUUCCUUGCAGUGCAAAGAAUGAUCAAGACUCUGUACCAUCAGUUGCUGCAAAGAGGCAAUAGUUACCUGAAUGUUAGGCAGACUGAUCCCACAGCAAUUCCAAGCUUCAUUUUAACAUUAAACUCAAUGGUGUCUAAUGCCCCUGUCCCACUUAGGAAACCUGAACGGAAACCUCUGGAGACCUUGCGCAAGGUUCCCGGAGGUUCUUGUCACUCUCCCUAAUGGUCGGGAGUGGUUUCCGUGUAGUCGAGCUUCUUCUAAGUUCCGGCGAUUAUUUAAAAAAAUUCGAAACCGGCCGCGACUAAAAAUAGGUUGUUAUUUUAAAAACCGGUAAUUUUUUUAGUCGAACCCGGUUUCAAUGCUAGUUGCAGGUGGUUGCCGGAGGUUGCCGGAGGUUGCAGGUGGUUGCUGGAGGUUGCAGGUGGUUGCCGGAGGUUGCAGGUAGUGGAAGG